AUGGGAAAAGUGACCCUGAUCAUCUGGACUAUCACGUGGUCGGUGUUCAUUCUCAUUAGAAGGAGCGAAGCGAUUGAUUUCCCUUAUCCAUAUUCGUUCUUUAUUCACGGUCCAGGAAACCAUGUUUGUGUGAGCACUCACACUGAGGAAACGAAGUAUUAUUCAAAAUGUAGCUUCUGGAAGUGGGGUCGGUGUACCAGAUAUACAGAUAAGACAAUUUACAAUUACUUCUGCUGUAACGGAUACCAGAACUGGUAUGACGAUUUCACAAACUGCAACCAUGCCAUUUGUAACAAGCGGAUAAAUCCGGGUGAUGGAGGUGCAUGUACACAGUAUUAUAGGAAUGACUACAUACAGUACCGAUCUGGCGUGAGACAGAGACAUAGUGGAGGUACUUGUACUGCUCCUGACCAGUGUUCCAGCUGUAAUGAUGGAUUCUACGCCAACGGUGGCAUGUGUGAUAUUUGUCCAAAGAUUGACCACUGCCUGCAUAGAAAGUGUACGUCUCCCUGGGACAACAUUUGUGCCUACUGUGAUGGGGAGAUUAGAGAGGAGCAGUACUGGCGGGCGUACACCUCUGCUACUGAUGGAAAAAAGAGCUGCAAACAGGCAUGUUCAUGGCGGUCAGACAGUACACGCUGUUACCCUGGCAAGUGUUCAUCAGAGACAUCCGAUAGUUGUGUAUGCAUGCAGGGAUUUACAGGUCACCAUUGUGAUGAGAUCAUUGAUGCUCCCGCCAUUACUGACCAGCAAGCAGUUCUGCAUGACCUGAACGGUAGGACAGUGGAGAACCCUGCAGAUCAAAAUGCUGCCUAUGCCGACCCUAUGCCCACUGUCUGGACCAAUAACAGGCUGAUAAAUCGUGUCAGUGCCCACUUCACCGGUGUGUUCAAGGUGGAUGUCCCAGUAGCUGACCUUCCUCCAUCCCCGUCUAGUGAUGGGUCCACCCAUUAUGUCACAGACUUUCAGUAUGGUAUUAUUGGUGGUGAUAUCAAAUUCUCCUUGUAUAGAGGAUCGACCGCCGUUUGGCCGUAUUACUUGAGGAAUUGUCAGGGUUCAGAUAUGAAUCCAUCAACAGAUACAUACACAUGUUCCCAAGAUAUAACGUUUCACGCUUGGAGUAACUUCAUGCAUAAUGAUAGGCUUUACUUUGAUAUGUCCGUCAGAAAUGGAGGGUAUGUGAGAAUUUUACAUCGUGAAAACUCGUAUGCCCAAACCUUGUUUAAGUUGAAAGGAAAGACCCACUCUCGGCAGUUUAUGUACCAUUUUGACAUGGAGCUGCCAUAUCAUGCCUGUGCCCGGAGUGGGGGCACUUCUUGUGGUCAGGCUGUCAGUGCACCAGAUCUUACAGAGGAUCCGUCGAUCACCUUCAGCUGGGAUGGUUGGGCAGAUGAUUUGUCAGGUCUAGACAAAUAUGAGUAUGAAGUCUUCACCACAAGGAUUUCUCAAGGGCUUAUAAUAGAAGAUGCGCUCCUUCCCAACAUGCCUGUUGUAAUGCCAACCAGCCAAAGCUCGGCAACUUUCGCCUUGACAACACCAGGCAUGUACAUGUUGCUGCUGCAUGUGAUUGACAGAGCAGGAAACCUCCAGAGUGCCAGGAAGGUGAUGCUAUUUGACAACAUGUCUGAGGUGGAGAAACUGGCAGACAAAUAUGCACGUGUUACCACAGCCUCCUCCAACACUAGCUAUGCUUGGGUAGUCAGGGAUACAAAUACUGUGGAUGUCAUGUGGACGGACCUUUUCAUCAACCAGCGACACAAAGACAACCAAUGGCUGAACGCUAUCAGGCCCUAUACAGAUGUUGACAAUAAUUAUGAUGACAGAUUUGGUAACAGGACCACAGCAGCAAUAGACCAUGUGAAUGGUGUGGUUGAUUUCUGGGUAUCCUUCGAGGUAUACACAGGUGGUGAUGUAUUAAAAGACUCACAGGAAUUCACCACCAUCAGACCAAACAUUCAUGACCAAAGUACUUCGCUGACAGUAAACUGGGAUGAUGGGGAUAAACUAAAUGUCACAGUGCGAGCCAUUGAUGUCAUGGAAAAGUAUGACGAUGUUAUGCUGACCGUCUUUCGGGAUAAUACAGCACCAGUGAUACGAGAUCUAUGGCUUACUCGUGGAGGUCGUACCAACCUGUCUGUGCACAGUUUAGAGGACUUCACAACAAUGAUGAUUGAAUGGGAGAGCUACGACUUCCAUAGUGGUAUAGACAGUCUAUAUUGGAAACUUUAUGAUAACUACACAGAGACGGUUAUACAGCAUGGCCAUGAGGAUCUCAUCUCACAACGGGCAGAUGAUCUCUCUGCCUGUCAGGCCACUUAUGGUGGAAAUCCAGGAGACUGUUAUUGUACACCAUAUCAGGGAUGUUUCCAUCAACACUUCGCGGUAAAACCAGAAAUCAAAGUAGGAGCAGGGCUGGUACUGGAGCAUGCUUCGGGAAAACAUGAUUCAGACUAUUACAUCGAGAUUCAGGUCACAAACAUUGCUCAACUUGUAACCACGCUCAGGAAGAAGAUUACAAUUGAUGUGUCACCUCCACACACGGGGGUCGUCCACGAUGGAGUUCGUGGGUCACUAGAAGUUGACUACCAGCAGUCGCUGAGCCUCAGUGCACACUGGGAAGGCUUUUUUGACCGUGAGAGUGGAGUUAAGAUGUAUUUGUACAAGUUUGCAACCUCAUGUCAAGACUCGGCAACCAUGGUUCUAGAUUCGGCUGAUCCAACUGUCAUAGAAACGACUGACACUGAUGUUAGUCAUACAGCUGCUGGUCAGGGAGUGUAUUUUGUAACAGUGGUGGCCUUUAACCAUGCCCUAGAACCAUCUGUACCUGUGUGUUCGGAUGGAGUCACCAUAGACAGUGGCCUAACAGCAAUAAAGGAGAUCUCUGUGGAUACAGCCAUGGUCAGAGGUGGCCUGGUGACUGACCCCGGAGCCACAGCUGUAUGGAUACUCGGUACUGACCGCACACUAAGACAACUCUCUACCACCACUGCAGCUUGUCGCGCCAAAGCCACAGUGGUGUCAGACCUUGACCUGUUUCCAAGGGAGCGUUAUGACAAUAUGACAGAGGUAGAGGUCGAUGGUGACACAUUUUGUGAUAACAGCACUGGAGCACCUUCACCAGUUGCAGUGAUGUUACAUAAAUCUUCUAGUCUGACUGUCUCUUGGCUGGCCGAGGACACUGUUGGAGGAGUGUUUGACCAUGAAUUUGGACUAACCAGUACGGCAGGUGGCAGUGCUGCUCCAGACAUCUUCAGCUUCAUUUCAUCUAGGCAAAAUACUCACAUCACUCUCCGCCACGAAGAUGUAUCCACAGGUGCUGAGUUUUAUAUGGCCAUAAAAACCAUCAGCAAGACAGAAACAGAAAAUAUACAGACUCUUGGGCCAUUCCUGUUGGAUACCACUGCCCCAACCUUCAGUGGAGCAGUGACUGCAACCUUAGUUGGUGACCAUUUGGUAGCUACCUGGACUUCCACAGAUUUUGUAGAUACAGAAGAGUAUUAUGAGCUUUUUUACAGCUUUGCCAUUGGACACAGCGAGUAUGGAGUGGAUGUCCAGCAGUACAAACCGUUGUCAGGUGGCGCCACCUGUACUUUAAGUGCUGUGCCUGAUUGUACAGCUGCCCUGGUGGCUGCUUUGGACUGGGAUUUACAUGGUCACCAUGCUUACUAUGUCACUGUCAGGGCAGAGAACUCUGUUGGUCUUUUUGUAGCAGCAACAUCGAAUGCAUAUUUCCAUGAUGUACAGUUGGCUGCCAAGGGUGUGGUACUAGAUGUACCAGUGGGGGAUAUUGAGGAUUCAGACUUUCAAACUGACCAGUCCAGACUUCAGGUGAGAUGGAUGAAUUUUAAUCACCCUCAUCUGGAUAUUACCUACCGUAUCGCUAUAGGUACCACGUCAGGAGGCUCUGAGGUCUAUGGCCCAGCCAUUGUGGCCUCCAACAACACCUUUGAGAAAACUGGACUUAGUCUUGUCCAUUGGCAGACAUACUACUUUACAGUCGAGGCUGUGACGUCAGUCGGCAGUGUCAGUGUAACGUCUGACGGUGUCACAGUUAUCCAGGAGGGAGCAACUCUAACAGGGGUUGAAGUGUAUGAUGGCAAACCAUGUAACUUUACUGUGGAUGAUGGCACACUGUUCCACCACCAUGAACAGGAUAAUCGUGUGCGUUGUGAUGAAGAGAGGGAUUUCCAAAUGACACUCAACAUGAUGCAGGCCUACUGGACCAUUCCACCUGCCAUACGUUACUACACUCCAGAUGCCCACUGGGCAAUUGAAGAGGAAGAUGCAGCAGGGGGAGGUAUUUGGACUGUGGUGCGUGAUUUUGAGCAUUUGUCAACAUCAUAUGAAGUGGAGGCAAAUGACCUCAUCCUUCUGCCAGGACGAUCGUAUCGGGUUGCUCUGAAAUUGUGUGCUGGCCUGACCUGUUAUGCUCCUAUAUAUACUGAUGGUGUCUUGGUUCUUUCUAACCCACCCAUCACUGGAAGCUUGAUGGUCACUCAUCUCAAUCUUACAGAUGGUGGAGGGGUGGAGAAGCUUGUUGUACAAAUGGACCGUUUUUAUGAUCCUGACAUUGCUGAUGUUACCGCCAAGUACGAUGCCAUUGAGAAGUAUGAAUGGGCAAUCACUGAUAAUUCUGUCAGUGGAAAGAUCUUCACACAAUGGACAGAUCUAAGCACAUUCUCCGUCACUGCAAGCAAGUUGACCUUUGAACUGAGUUUGACUGGUGAGAUGGACUUUUCACGAUGUAAACGUUUCUCUGUGCGUGGUUACAACAAAGCAAAGCUAUGGACAGUGGUGUCAAGAGAGAUCCUGGAUUGUGCUGCAUUUGAUCCGAUACUCAUCCAACCUAAUACCAUUAUAGAUGCUGUGGGGGAGCAGCAGUAUGAUGAGACUGGUGCCUUGAAGAAUGGCUAUGGCAAAGAAAUCUUCCUCCAACAGAAUGCUUUAUGGAAACAUAGCGAUGUGGACUACACUCCUUACUCUAACAUAAUCUCCGCUGUGUGGCCUGACCUUCGACAUCGUAACUACACCUAUGCAGUGCUGAGAGGUGUGGCAAUGGAUGUGACAUCAUACUAUCACCCUACCAAUCUCUUGUCUCUCCCUGACCCGUGUUCACAUCCCGAGAGUAUCAAAUGUGGCAACACAGAUAAGGAGUAUAUGAACACAGAGUUUAGUGAUGGAGAGCUACAGCACGGUGCUCGCUACAUCGUGUGUCUACAUGCAGGCAGUACUGUCAUACAACAGGAAACAUGGACCCAAACAUUGGAGGCUGUGAGCAUGUGCAGUGAUGGUGUAGUUGUGGACUUGACUCCACCCAUUCCUGGUAACGUGUGGAUAGGACAUGUUCCAGGCAGUUUGUACCAAACCAUCCUCACAGAUAUUUAUGUGAACUGGGAAACAUUUGUAGACGUGGAGGAGUUCAGCACCACCUCACAUUCCACAGGCAUCCAGGCCUACAAUGUCAGCAUAGGAACAACGGCAGGUGGUAAUGAUAUGGUGGACUUUACUGAUGUAGGGGCAGGUAACCAUGUUGCAUUUCAUGGUCUGCAGCUCCAGAAUGGCCACACCUACUAUGCUACUGUAACAGCUAAGGACUUUGCUGGGAGGAGUACCACACAGAUGAGUCAUGCUGUUAUCAUAGAUGUGACUCCACCCAUUAAAAGUGACAAAUCAAUCAAGAUUGAUCGACACUUUAAUUCACGUACAGGAGUAGGGGCCUGCUGGAAGGAAGUAUUUAGUGACCUGGAAAGUGGAAUACAGAGGUACAUGUGGGCUGUAGGUUCUGAGCCAGGCUACGACGACAUUCUGUCUUAUACAGAUGUGGGAGAUGUUGUCUGUGCUGUUCAGGAUGGUAAUAUUGUCCUUGACAUUCACGAAGGACAUGCAUACUACAUAACAAUCAAGGCGUAUAAUGGAGCUGGACUUUACUCUCUUGCCUCGUCCUGGGCUGUAACUGUAGACCUCACUCCCCCUGUCAUAGGCCACGUGUAUGAUGGCAAACCUGAGGACCACCUCAUCAAUCAAAAGGACAGAGACUUUCAGACAGACAGAACUUACAUUGCUGCAUACUGGGAAGGUUUUCAUGAUGCACAUUCCAACAUUCGCGAGUUUUCUGUCAGCAUCGGUACUUGUCGCGGCUGUCAGGAAGUACUGGAAACACAGGCCGUUGGUAUCACCAGUGAGUUUGUGUUGUCAAUGAAACAUCUUGGCGUGGGUUUGACCUACUACACAACAGUGACAGCGUGUAAUACAGCCAACCUGUGUUCCUCUGCUACUUCUGAUGGACUCAUUUUGGACAAUAGUCCACCAACUGCUGGAGCGGUUCAGGAUGGGACUUUAACCUCAGACAUCCAUUACCAGGCAACACAGACAUACAUAGGAGCCAAGUGGUAUGGGUUUUCCGAUCCGCAGUCAGGACUUGACCACUAUGAAUGGUGGGCAGGAACAGAUAGGGGUACCGAUGAUGUUUUGGCUAAGGAAAUUCUACACCUGUCAGAGGUUGCUACCAAUCCAGCUAUUUCAAGCUUACCUAUCGGCCAGUCCAUCUACAUUACUGUGAGGGCUUACAACAAAGCAGGUUUAUAUGUGGAUACGGUUUCAAAUGGGUUUACAGUAGAUAAUACUGCCCCAGUAAUCACCAAACCUGCGCUGUCUGAAGAUCUUGGUGUGCUCAUAUCAGGGAAACUUUUUCUGAGAGAUUCAUUUAAGGUGACAUGGACUGCAGAGGAUGCUGAAUCUCUUAUCGAGAGACAACACUUGUCUAUAAAGGCCCACAGAAAUGGAGAAUUCCAGCUGUCCUCUACAAAGGUCAAUGGAAUCGUACGAGACUACACCUUCACAGGUCUUGAUCUGCAUGAUGGGGUCAACUAUUAUGUGAACCUGAUUGCCUGUAACGGGGCGGGAAUAUGUUCCCAGACAGAAUCGGAUGCCAUCUUUGUUGACUCUUCUCCUCCCUCCAGAGGAAUGUUUUCCAUCAAAACAAAUCAUGCCUCGGAUAUAAACCGGGAAGUACCUAACUCUAUGACGUGGACCAGUCGUGCCCUUUACCUUUCCUGGAUUGGAUUUGCUGAUCUCCACUCUGAAGUGUCGCAUUACCUGGUCAAUGUCGGCAAGACCUACAUGGCUAGUGAUCUCAAUAAGGUGACAGGAAUACCUGUAUCGGUGCCACACAGCAACAUAAGUGAGGUGCAGGAGGAAGGCCACAUACAGAGUGCCAAGAUAGACACACAGGACCUCAGCAAGGCCUCCAAUGCUCUUUUCAUACAUAUGUGGGCAGUAAACACAGUAGGCUUGUCAAGCUCUAUCAUUCACUCGAUGUUUAGAAAGAUAUCUGGCGGUGCUCUGGAGUUGGUCCGUCGCUGUGACUCGUACUCAUGUUUGGGUCACUGUGUAUGCGCUCCGCAGGACAAUGUGUGUCCUUACAGUCACUUGGAUCCAUGUACCAACUACACUUCACAGGAUAAUCCUAACUCUCCCCUGGAUGUGAAAGACUUCGACAGUAUCACAGGUUUCACUGCCACAAAUAUGGGACUUGGUGCCUCCUGGGAAAUAUCAGACUUUAGUGGAUUACAACCCCUCUGGUUUGAGUGGAGUGUUUGCUUUGAGAUCUUAGACUCACCUGAGGGGAUUUUUCAUCAGGCUGAUGAGAGAAUUUGGCAUGAUGCUGGACAGAAUAUGCAGCAAUUGUUUCUGGUUCCUCGGGGUUCGUUUCUAUCAGAGGGCAUAUCCUAUGCAUUUUUCAUCAGGGUUUGGUAUGCCUCCAAUAUCUAUGCAAUCUACAAAUCUUCUGGUGUAACCAUAAUGACAACACCGCCUACUCCAACCAACCUACGAGGAAGUGCAGUGACUGAAUCAAACCACAAACACAACCACAAGGACAUGGACUUUUUAGAGUACCAACCCUUCAUGGUCAGCUGGAAAAACAAGUUUCUCAAUGCAGCCUCCUACAUCCGUACCUUCAAUCUAUAUCUCAGCACCAUGCCUGGAGGUGAUGACGUCUACAUAGUAGCAGCCAGUUACCCUGGAACCACCACUAAUUACAACUUUACACGCUUCAAUCUGGACACUCGUAUCAAAUAUUACAGCAACGUAGUGGCCUAUAGCUUCUCGGGUCUGCACCACACAGAGUCGUCAGACGGCUUUGUGAUUGACAAUGUAGUGCCAGUCAUGGGUAAAGUGUAUGAUGGCACAGGUAUUCAUGACUUAGAGUACCAAAGUAGUACCACACUUUUGGGGGCAACGUGGCAUGGAUUUGUGGACCUUGACGCUGGAGUGAAGACGUAUUACUGGUGUGUGGGCAGCACCCAAAGCAAGACAGAGUGUUCAGUGAAACGGUGGGAAGCUGUAGGUCUCCGCACUGCUGUCAGAGCUAACCUGACAACAUCGCUCUCUCAUGGUAUGAGAGUAUACAAUAAGGUGUAUGCUGUAGAUGGUCUGGGACAACAGUCUGAUACAGCUGUAUCAGAUGGGGUCACAGUGGACACCACCCCACCAAUUCCAUCCCAGCUGGUCCACUAUGACACUGUAAAUCUGGCAACAAACCCGUCAUUUGAAAACAGUAACGGCCAUUCCAUUUCCUGGGACAAUGUCAACAACACGGAUAUAUGUAAUGUGAAUUCCUCACACCUCCCACAGCAAUGGACAAGUACCUGGGACACAUGUGUUGCCGUUGUGUCAUCUGACACCAACCUGGCAAGAGAUGGUAGGUCCAUGGUGAUAGUUCGAGGUGCACUGUCCCAGGACAUCAGUGGACUUGAGGUAGACGGCCUGUACAGGGUCACGUUUGUCACCUCUCAUCUUCCCAGCGUGGACUCAGUCAUCGCUAAUAAGGAGGGCUUUGUGGAGUUCGGUGAUCGACAUGUCUUCCUCAUGUACACCAAGGCUUACCGUCUUGAUGACCACCACUCAGAUACAAGAGAGAUCAUCACCUGGCAUCACCACACAUUUUAUUUUGUCAUGUCCAGUACUUCAGCAACUCUAAGACUUGGUAGUUUGGACAGGGGUACUGGAAUACUGAUCGACGACAUUCAGGUACAUCAUGUUUCACAUACUGACAGCACAACCUCUGACACUGUAAAUGCGCAUGUGGUGUUUUUGCAUGAAUGGGGAUCAAUACAUGGCUCUUGGAGUUUUGUGGAGGCAGAGAGUCACAUCACAGAGUACCUGUGGGCUAUAGGUUACAAAAAGGGAGGGACACAAGUUCAGGAUUUCCGCAGUGUUGGGCAGCAGAGAUUUGCCUACAACAACACUGUGACCCUUGUUCACAAAUCUGAGGUAUACAUCACUGUGGUGGCUACCAGUACUUCAGGGCUACAAGGUAUAGCGUAUUCCUCACCAAUCCUGGUAGAUCUCACUGCACCUGUCAUCACUGCUGUCAAUGAUGGCUCAGAGUUGGACCUAGACUCCUGGGAACAAGAUGAAGUGCUUGUCAACUGGGAAGUCAAUGAUCCAGAGUCAGGAUUGGACUUUUGUGAAUGGGCUAUAGGGUACCAGCCAUUCGGCAAUGAACUGCAAACUUUCAUGAGGAUGCCUGAUAAUGUGUUUACUGGACAGGUCCAAGAUGUUGGCUAUGACUCUGUCCAGGGCAUGACUGUCUACUCAACAAUCCGCUGUCAGAACAAAGCUGGUGUUCAGUCUGUCAAGUCAUCAGAUGGUGUCCGUAUCUCUCGACUCAGUCCAGCAGUGGACAAUGUUCAGUUCAGCACAAUUGGACUGUCACAGGAGGAAUUUGCAGCAGCCCCACACUAUCAGGGCGACACCACACAAGUUCGUCUGAAGUGGUCAGGCUUUGUAGACCAUAUCGGCAUUGAGGGCUUUACAUUUACACUGGAUGGUGAAAAGAGGAAGAUGUUAGCUUCAGACCAGGUGGAGACCUAUGUGUGGAUACAUGGUCUGAGCCUGUCGGAAGGUGAACACGACAUGGAUGUUUCCGCUGUGAACCUUCAGUACAAGACUAGCCCCAAGGUCACCACUAAUCUUACAGUGUUCACACAGCCUCCCACCAUUAAUGCUGAUACCCCACUGGAUGUGAGCUGGGACUCUUCCAAUCAGGAAUUGACAAUAGGAUGGGACACAGUGUUUACAUCAACACAUGAGCUUUUCUAUGAAGUCUCUGCUGGCAGCAACUUUGGUAGUGGUGACAUUGCCCAAUGGAUGGAGACCAGAGCCACAUCUAUGACAUUAAACAUUCCACCAGUCAUCACAAACCUUUCUGGCCUUCGUAUAUAUGUGGUGGUUCGGGCGGUCUCUGUUGGUGGCAGGUCAACGGUCAAGCUAGGCAGUGUGCAGCUUCCUGUCUGA